GCAGCCCCGAGAGGGGUCCAGACCGACACCCGAGCCCACAAGCCAGGGACGCCGAGCUUCGUGGCCCCACAGGACACGUGGAGCUCGCCCGCAGCUCCGGUUCUUGCUACAAUAACAGUUUCCCCCGCUUCCAUUUCCUCCCUCCCUUUCUUCUCCACUGCGCUGCCCCCAUCCGGCGAGGACUCGUCGCGCUCCGUUUGUCUCGCGUCGAAGCGGCGGGAUUAAAACCGUGGAGCUGAACCCUAGCGCCGGGGGUUUGGGUUUAGCUGCUGGUGGCUUCCGUGGCGGCUCCGCGGCGGUGGGGUAGAAUGGAGUGGAAGCUUGACUAAUUAAGUAAGGGCAUACGCCGCAAAUGGUUGACGCGAUGCAGCUGUCAGCCAUUCAGAACCAAGAUUGUGCAGGCUCGUAGAUCCCUUCGACUCCACACAGGGAGUGACAGUUCCAAUUCACAGUGAUCAUGGGUGGCGUCUGUUCAAGGAAGCGAAGCCAAUUGGUGGAGGAUGACGACGAUUCUCUCCAGACACCGACGAGGUUCUCGAAGACCAGCAGCUUGAAAUGGCUGCUGCUCACGCUGCCCCGCAGCAGCUCCGAUAUCUCCCGUAAGGGACCAGGGAAGGGCCCUGGCCGGUGCCCGACACUCAUGGAGCUCUGUGUCGCCAAAGUCUGCAAGGAUAUCAGCAAGUAUUCUACUUUUGCUAUGCUGCCGAGUGAUCUCAGCCAGCAGGUUUUCGAUGAAAUGGUGGACUCGAACUGCCUCACGGAGGAAUCGCUUGAAACCUUUCGGGAUUGUGCGCUGCAUGACAUUUGUUUGGGGGAGUAUCCUGGAGUUAAGGAUGCCUGGAUGGAAGUAGUGGCUUCACAAAGGCAGUCAUUAUUGUCCGUUGACAUUUCUUGCUCUGAAGUUACUGAUAGUGGCUUAAAUUUUCUUAGUGAUUGCUCAAACAUGCAAAGCUUGUCAUGUAAUUACUGUGAACAUGUCUCAGAACAUGGCCUUGGAGUUUUGUCAGGUUUCUCAAACUUGACAUCUUUAAGUUUCAAGAGAAGUGACGGUGUUACUGCUAAAGGAAUGAGUGUGUUUGCAAAUUUAGUUAAUUUGGUAAAUCUUGACCUCGAGCGAUGCCUGAAGAUUCAUGGUGGCCUUGUUCAUAUGAAAGGCCUGAGAAAGCUGGAGUCACUUAAUAUGAGAUAUUGUAACUACAUUACGGAUUCAGAUAUCAAGUAUUUAUCAGAUCUCACAAAUUUGAAGGAACUGCAAUUGUCUUCUUGUAGAAUUACAGACCUGGGUAUUUCUUAUCUUACAGGCUUGUCCAAGUUAACACACCUAAAUUUGGAGAGCUGUCCAGUGACCGCUGCUUGCUUGGAAGCUAUCUCAGGAUUGGCUUCACUGAUGUUGUUGAAUUUGAAUCGGUGUGGCAUAUAUGAUGAAGGCUGUGAAAGCUUUGAAGAUCUUAAAAAAUUGAAGGUCUUAAAUUUGGGCUUUAACCAUAUUACAGAUGCAUGUUUGGUGCAUCUGAAAGGAUUAAUCAAUUUGGAGUCCUUGAACCUGGAUUCAUGCAAGAUCGGAGAUGAAGGUCUAUUACAUCUGAAGGGCCUUGUGUUAUUGACAAGCUUGGAGCUUUCUGACACUGCAAUUGGAAGCAAUGGGCUCCGGCAUCUUUCUGAUCUUCGGAAUUUGUACAGCAUAAAUCUCUCAUUUACAUUGGUCACAGACACCGGCAUGAAGAAGAUUUCCACAUUGAAUUCACUGAAGUCAGUUAAUCUUGACAAUCGCCUGAUAACUGAUGUUGGCUUAGCAGCACUCAUAGGUCUUACUGGGUUGACUCACCUUGACCUUUUUGGAGCUCGGGUGACUGACCAUGGGACAAGCUUCUUGAGAUAUUUCAAGAAUCUCGAGUCCCUUGAGGUAUGCGGUGGGUCAAUCACUGAUGCUGGAGUGAAGAAUAUCAAGGACCUCAAAGCUCUGACGCUCCUCAACCUUUCGCAAAAUGGCAAGCUGACAGACAAAACCCUGGAGCUGAUUUCUGGCUUGACCGCUUUGAUCUGCUUGAAUGUCUCCAACUCCCGGGUGUCCAACACCGGUCUCCGUCACCUGAAGGCGCUGCAGAACUUGCGCUCGCUGACGCUGGAUUCGUGCAGGGUGACAGCGAACGAGAUGAAGAAGCUCAGGGUGACAGCGCUCCCCAAUCUGAUAAGUGUUCGGCCUGAGUAGUCUCCAUGGCGCCCAGUACCUCCUGUACGGCAAACCGCCUAUCCCGCCCUCAUCAUGGACGUGAGUGAGCGGCUGAUCGGGCCCCAAGACCAUGGUUCCGCAGGCCCGUGCCAUAGUUUUUUUUUUCCUGUUAUUUACGCAGGUUUUCUCUCUACUGUAAGUUCUUCGUUUGAAGCGACGAAAAACCACGACUGCUAUCCUAUUUCUUCUUUUGUUCCAUGCCGAACCACGGGCAGGAACAAAAUUGUAAA